CCCUUCGAGCGCAGGUUUCCGUCUUCGCAGCCGCUCCUUUUUGUGCUUCCUUCCUCAGGGCAAAUAAGGUCUUUCCUCCGUUGCCGGGCACGGUGGGUCGCGCUGGUGUGGUGGCUGCUCGCUUCUUCUUCCUUGCCUCUCCCUGGAGCUGGGGGUGUGGCCUGCCGGGAGAGUGGUAUAAAGUCCAAAGAAUGAGCUGCUCUCCCCUUCAGUGCAGAGUCCCCCCUUGGCUAGAGGAGAUCCGGCUCUCUCUGCUGCUCUGCCCGCACACGCUGCCCUUUGCUGCCGUCCCCUUGUUUGGGUGACCUUUGUCUCUCGGCCCCUGAGGAACCCCCCCUCCCGGCCCGCCGGCCCGCCAGACCCCUUAAGUGCCUGCCAUGCCCUCCAGGAAAGUGCCUGUCACCUUGCUGCUCCUGGCCCAGGUGGGCUUCUCGGUCAGCCUGGAGGCCAUCCAGUGCCCUCCAUGUUCCGAAGAGAAGCUGGCACGCUGCCGGGCCCCUGCCGGAUGCGAGGAGCUGGUGCAAGAGCCUGGCUGUGGAUGCUGCGCGACGUGUGCCUUGGCCAAAGGGAUGCCCUGCGGGGUGUACACGCCUCGCUGUGGCUCCGGGCUGCGGUGUUAUCCGCCACGGGGCAUGGAGAAACCCUUGCACACGCUCAUGCACGGUCAAGGAGUGUGCAUGGACCUAGCUGAAGUCGAAGCCAUCCAAGAAAGCAUCCAGUCCACAGAAGUGGAGGAUGUUGACAUCCCCAACACCAAUAACUUCAGCCCCUGCAGCAGCCUUGACAGAAAAUGUCUCCAGAAGCAGCAAGCAAGAACACGGGAACGAAUAAACAGUGGUGUCAAGAUGAGGAGCAAUGGGAACCUGCCUCUCCGGGAGGACAUCCGGCCGGUGGUCCAAGGCUCAUGUCAGAGUGAACUUCAGAGAGCACUGGAGAGAUUAGCAGCUUCCCAAACUCGAACCCACGAAGUUCUGUAUCUAAUCCCCAUCCCCAACUGUGACCGCAAUGGAAAUUUCCAUCCCAAACAGUGUCACCCAGCACUGGAUGGACAACGAGGGAAAUGUUGGUGUGUGGAUCGAAAAACCGGGGUCAAGUUGCCAGGAAGUCUGGAAUUUAAAGGAGACUUAGAUUGCCAUCAACCUGGAGACAUAGUGCAAGAAUAACAUGACGGAUGAGAAAUGGAUGAAGCUUUCCUUGGUGAACUGUCAAGGAAAUGAAUGGUGCUGUUUUGUGAGCAGAUGGAAGACAAAAGGGGAUGUUACCACAGUACUUUUCUUCGCUUCCUGAGGGGACAAUGAUAACACCAGUAACAUUUGCCCCUCCUUCCCAAAUAACCGCAUUUUAAUCCAAACAUGAUGUGACUUAGCCAACCCACAGCUCCUUGGUCUUUAAUUGGGUACCUGUUUUUGCAGCUGUGGCUCCUUCUUCACAGACUCUGGAAACAACAUUCCUUUUUAAUGACCAUCAGUGACAAAAGACCACAAAAAGCCCUUAAAACAUUAUCUUUUACUUUGAUGAGCUUAAUGAGAACUUCCACCAAGCACUCACACUUUGCUUUUGGCACAAACCACUGGAGAACCACUUUUUCUUCAAGGGUUUCUGCUUAGAAAAGGGAAAGAGAAAUGGAUGACGGAGGGACUCUUCCUUAAACUUGUUGUUCACCUCCGCAAAACAAACAGCCAAAUAGUGCUUGAACCUUUCUCACCCAAGUGUACUCUUUUUUAAUUUUCAGUCAACAGAUAAAUUGAAGGUGGGUGGGAGUAGUCUUUACAUGGGGUUCCUCUGGAGUUCAGCUCUGGAGCUUCUUUUCAAUGCUGUGUCACUGCUCAGUCUUGAAACAUGUGAAACAGUAAUAAAGAACAGCGUGUUCCCACCUAGCUCCAUAUCUGGGAAACGUUGGGGGUGGCGGCUUCCAAAUUCUGCUUUUCUGUAAGUGCAUUUUUAAAGUCAGAGUCAAACAUAGAUGCCUGGAAGCAACAGCUAGGAUGUUCAGGUUGUAUGACUAGGUUUCUAUAAAUAUGCUUUGGAAUAUUAAUCUUUUUUUUUCCUUUUAAAAAAAGCAGUAGAGCAAAAAGUAAAAAUCCUACUAUAACCACUGUGGUUUUCUAUUUCUGUCUGACCAGUGGGAAAUUCACAAUUAGUUUACUUUGGAGGAGAGAGAAUUGGUGUUGGGUGUACGAAUUGGCAAACUUGGAAACUUAGCUUCCAUUUUUUUAAAAAGGAAAAACAAACAGUAGAGUUAUAGAUUGUAAUGAUGAUUUUGAAGUUCUGCAAUAAGUGACAGGUCACAUUUCAGAAGCUUGCAAAGGGAGGUGAGCAAAAUGUUUAUGGGGUGCCAUUAGCACUAUAUCCCUCCUUGUGACUUAAUAGAACCAAUCAAAAUAAGAAAAGAAUAUUUGUUUAAUUUGUAUAAGAAGCAGAAUUUAUAACUACCUGGCAGUUCUUUGCCUUAAUCCCUUCUCUUUAUGUGCACCAUCCAAUAAGAACAAUGUUGAGGCAAGGAUUUUUUCAAGCCCAAAUCCAAGCAGGCUUCCAAUCUAAAGGGACUCAGAAUGGAUUAACUACAUUUAUUCUGCCUUUCUAUAGAUGUCAUGUCUGGCACAACCAGUAGCAAGUCCUCUUUACUCCAUCCCAGAGACUUAAAGAAUUUUUUCUGCAUUUUGAUCAAAGCUUACAAAAAUUACGUUUUGAACUAAAAGUGCCAGAACCUUCCAGCCAGUAUGGCCGGUGUCUUCGACCAUGCUAACUCAAGGAUUCUGGGAGUUGUACCCCCCAAAACCAACUAGUCUAAGCUUCCGUGCUAAUUGUGUGAUUAUGAAAGGUAAGCGUGCUUAAGGUUGGACUUUGACUAGCUUCAUUUGUGGGAUCAGGCACACUCUAUGUGACAUAAUAUUGGAUACUGCUUGGCCCAGGGACUGCUUCAUUUCUUUCACCAAGACCAGGGUAACAUCAAGAAGGGGGCUUUGAGGCAUCCCUUGAGCAACUCCUGUACAUUCAGAGCAAGUGGCCUCCUUCCAUGAUCAAAGAAGUCAUAUGGUGCAUGCAACUCUUGCUAGACUUCAUCACUUCAGCUUCCAAACUGGUGGGGAAAUUGCAUCCUUGCGUGUUCUCCCAUAAAUAUUUUGAGCAUGUUGUAAACAUCUUCUUGUAUGUUCAAGUUAGGUGCAUAGGGGGCUACAGUAUGUGCUCUCUGCUGUAUAAUCUUACCACUCUUCAAAGCACUAGGUAUUGUUAUAGCGUGCAGAAGAGCCACUUACCCUACUCUGCCCCGCUGUUGUUUCAGUUAGUUUUUGUAUUCCUCCACUGAGCAAAGCCAGUAUUAGAAUACUUACCUGGCCCCAUUGGAGUUAAAGAAAAAUACUCACAAAACAAAGCUGGUUUUUUUGUUUUUGUUUAACCUCCUCACUGAUAUUACUCUCCAACUGUUAGGCUAUCCUGGCCUCUAUUAAAUGGGGACAAUAUAUUGUUUCCACAGCAUUGGAUCAGGGUUUAUUUAUUCUACUAAAUAUAAAAUGUGCUUCUGUGGGGCACACCUGUUUCAGUCAUGCAAGAAUCUGAAAACCAUAUACAGUAAAGCUGUCUGCUGUUAAGGGUCUUCCCUCUCAAGGAGAAAAGUGGGGUAUAAAUAUUUUAAAUACAGUAAAUAAAUAUACAGUAAAUGGUUGGUAAUCCACAAUGCAAAUAAAGAACAUGAAACUUGAUGUGAGCAUGUUUAGAUUGAAAAUCUACAAGAAGAUAAUGUUUAUGUGCAACAACAACCCUGCCAUGAAUUCAAAUGGGAGCUACUUUUGUGUUUUGCCAUGAUGGAUCAAUGCCUUCAGGUGGCUCAUUGCUGCCUACUGGUGGCACUUCAAGAUGUCAAAAAGACAUUUCUCCUCCUUGCGAUCCAACACAUUGUAUCGUAUUUACAAAUGCAGGAGACACAGCCCAGAUAAGGGCUGCUGAUACACAUCUAUCCAUAGCAUCUUAGUUUUAAACAUGGUUCUAUAAUAUGACAUCAUGUUCAACAUUUUCUCCUUCAGCGAGAAGGAAAUGGUGUGUUGAUUCCAGCUACUGUAGCCUUCAGCAAGCUGCACAGUACCAGAGCAUCACUAGAAUAAGGGCCAUGCAAAACAUUUCUGAGUACAGUACAGUACUUUAUAUCCAGGACGUCAUGGCAAGAGUUCCCCUAUGUGAAAACUAAAUUGUGGCACAUAAUUAUUAUUUAUCAGCAGGCUAGUUUGGGCAUUCGUGUCUAACAUUCUACUUAAAGCUUGGAAAUGUUACCUCUCUUGACUACAGCUUCCAGAAUCUCUGAGAUUUAUAGUCCAAAAAUUUAACUUUCCACGGUGCUGUGUUCAUUCAACAAUGGAGCCAUGACUGCACUCUUGGGCUGGUUGAUAAGUUACUUUAUACUUCUGUAUGGUGGCUCUCCUUGCAUUUUGCAGCCACGCUUUUGCAUAUAAAUAAUGUGGCGAUUAUCUGCCAAUACAUUGGUCGUAAUGUUUUUAAUUGCUGUGAAAUUUAUUGCUCUUAGUAUUUUUUUUAAAAACAAAACUUUAAAAAAUGUUAUGAUUGUUGUACAUUGCUUAAUCUGAACAAUUCUUGGAAAAAACUAUAAAUGGUAAAAUAAAGGAUAAAUAAAAAA